AUGGCGGGACUGAGCGUCUACUCGUUCUACAUUUUCGACCGACACACGGAAUGCAUCUACACCAAACGCUGGACCACACCCCCCUCCCGACCCUCCACCACCACCAACACCACCACAACCACCAGCAACAACGAACUUCCCCUCUCAGCAAAAAAAGCCCUCAAACUCGCCGACGACGCCAAAUUAAUUUUCGGCACAAUCUUCUCUCUCCGACGCAUGGUGCGUCAACUCGGCGGGCAAGACGACCAAUUCCUCUCCUAUCGCACAGGAGAGUACAAACUGCACUAUUUCGAAACUCCGACCCAACUCAAACUCAUCAUGUUGACGGAUACGCGCGUCGGGAAUAUGCGAACCGUCUUGCAUCAGAUUUGGGCUACGUUGUAUGUGGAAUAUGUGGUCAAAUCUCCUUUGGCGCCUGUCGAACAUCCCAAGGGGAUGGGCGUGGCGAAUGAAUUGUUUGAGGGUGGGUUGGAGACUUUUAUUGCGAGUAUUUUUGCUCCCGUGCAGGGCGUGCAGUAGUGAUGUAGCCAGUGAUGGUUGAUGUUGAUGAUGGUGAUGAUGAGGAUGCGUUUUUUUUUUCUUUCGCAGCCGCUACGGUGCAUCAUCACAAUACGAAAAGGCAUGGCUACUUUACGGUGUUUGGAUCAUAAUUGGAGGCACGCAGUGGAUGCCCGAGAUGAUCUGCAGGCGCCAUACAGACCAGCUUAGAGAGAGAGAGAGAGAGAGAG